AUGUUUCUAAGUAAUACAGACAGGGUAAUAAUUCAUCAUAACUAAUAGCGUGAAACACACCUCGUGUUUCAUUAAACACCGUAAUCCUUCACUUUCUUUCGGUCCAAAGUCCAAUUUAGUGGGAGGUUCAACACCUCUACCGGAAUAACCGGCCCGCCACUGGCCACAGCUGUUCAGCUGAAUGUGUACAUCUAGCACAGACAUACACUCAUAUCGUUGUCUUUCUCGAGCUCAUUGAUCGCAAUUGUCAAAGUGGCGACACGUACGCGCAUCACAGGGUGCGCACCGCCGUCUGUUUGGAUGUGUAUAUUUUCGAUCGAACUCAUUUGUCUCAUAGCUUUCGCGAUUUUCAGUCGCAGGAAAAGCGGUUACCGUAAAAUGUACAAGAGGUUUUUUUGUAAGCUGUCGCGAGUGUCGGUCAACAGAACGCAAAGACUUGAAAAUAAAUCUAGUCAGUCCCUUUAGUUACCAUUAGACUGCUAGAAAAUUUUUGAACAAAAACAUCAAAUAAACAAAAUGUGGUGUUUAAUCAGCCAGCCAAACUCCGUCGUCUUCGAGGUGCGAGUUGAGCCCAAAUCCAUCGGCCAAGAAUGUCUUGAGAAGGUGUGCGAAUAUUUAGGCAUUUCCAAUGAGUCCGACUACUUUGGUUUGAAAUACCAAAACAACAAAGGUGAAGAGCUAUGGUUGAACCUGAGGAACCCCAUAGACAGACAAGUGCACUGCCAUGGACCUGGAAAUCCCCUCCGUUUUGCUUUGAGGGUGAAAUUUUGGGUGCCACCACAUCUUUUGCUCCAAGAAACAACCAGACAUCAAUUCUACCUGCACGCCAAAUGUGACCUACUCGAAAAACGUCUGCUCGCCAAUGACUGGGAUUCCGUCCCUCGGUUGAUAGCUCUUAUCGCUCAAGCCGAAUCCGGUGAUUACGAACCAUCCAGGCCUCCCCAUACUAUCUACAUGCAGGCCUCUUCCAUCGCUGCCGAGGAUGAAAGUCAAAAACCCUCCGAUCUGCUCCAGAGGAUCAUAGCCGAGCACAAAAAGUACAAGGGUAUGAAAAAAUGCACUGCGGAAUAUUGGCUACUCAAGGACGUGGCCGAGUUUGAGGCUUAUGGUGAAGAAGUUUUUACCGCAAAGACAGGAGGUGGUGCUGUAUUAGGAGUUGGACCACACGGUAUUACCAUCUACAAAAAAGACCAACUGAAACAGUUGAUUUCCUUCACGAAUAUCCUCAGCGCUUCUUCGCAUAGACGCACCUUCAAACUCGAAUACCUCAGCGAGGACAGUAAGGAAACUGCCCUUGAAACCAAGUUGGAUUCUAGUCAUGUAGCCAGCAGUUUGUACAGGGCUCUAACCGAAAAGCACGCCUUCUACAGUUGCGAGACCGUGCGAACAGCUGUAACGUCUCAGUUUAUCAGAGAUUUAAAAGGGACCAUAGUGUCGAUCUUCAACGAAGAUUCUACGCUAGGAAAGAAAUACGUGUUUGACAUCAGAAGGACAUGCAGGGAAGUGUACGAUAACGCCCGGAGGGCUUUGUAUCUUGAAAACGGGCUGCAGAUUCCGAAAGUGGAGAGCGCAGAAGACUCGCAGGACGGGGGAAAUUUCAAGGACUCCGAUGAAAAACUGCACAGACUGAUGGACGCGCUCACUUGCAAGAUCUGCAUGGACAACCAAAUCGACGUUGUUUUCCUACCUUGUGCCCAUGUAGUCGCAUGUACGUCAUGUGCCGCUAGAGUCGACAAAUGUCCAUUGUGCCGCUCCGAAUUCACGCAGGCACAGAAACUGUACUUACCCAGCGAAUUCCGACAAGAGUUGUGCUCUUAGACUAGGUUGUAUGACUGUCUGUUUGUAUGUUUGUUGAUAGGGUGGAUAUAUUUUCUCGGUUCAGUAUACAUUUUUACAUGGUAUUAGAUUCAUUCUAAAGUUUAUCAUUAUAUGGAUCAAUUUACUUUUGAAGAAGUAUUGGUUAACACCUGACUUCAACUGCCACUGAUAUGAAUUCAUUUUCAUAUUUCCUCAUAAAUAUAAUAUUGACUUGCUGACUCAUUAUUUGUUGCAGAGGCUAUAUAAGAUGCCCUAAAAAAAUUAAUGAUUCAAUCGAAGUAAAUAUUCUUAAUAUAUGCCACCCUAUAAACCAUAUGAUAUUCAUAUGGAUUAUAAUAUUUGACCUAUGACUAUUAUUUUUUGUGAAGAAGUAGUAGUUAUGUGAAAGAUAAUUUUCAUAAAAUUCCAUUGGUUUCUGUUUUCAGAUUAUUUUUAUUUAAAUCGGACGAACCUCAUAUUGAGGUUUAGUCAGAGACUUUUCUGUUUUGAUUUCGUAUGAUACUUUAAGAGGAUUGUACUAAAUUGUAGUCAUUAUAUCAAUGCAAGAUAUCCAUAUAAGUAAAAUGUUUAGUACUAUACACGUAAAACACAUUGUACAAUUAGUAUUAAUAUUGUGAUAAUAAUUAUUUUGUGAUAAUUUGCAUAAUGCAUUUAUUAUUUAGAAAAACAUUGAAAAUUAGAUUUCUUAUAUUAUCAGUAUAUGUAUACCUUGUAGAAAUUUAGAAAUUACAUUCUGGUUCUAAAUAAUAAAUGAAAAUGUACCUAGUUGUGAGCAUUAUAGGAUCAUGAUUAUUUGUAUAUUGAAGAAUUUUGUAUAUUAGUUGCUAAAUACAUUCCACUUAAUAUUGUGGUAGAUCUCAAAAUAUUUUCAAGAAUUCUGUUUUAGGAAAGAAUUAAUAUAUUGUUAUUUUGUUAAAAAGUGGACAAUGUAAAAGUCGGUAGUUCGAUUUUAAAAUUCUAUGUAUUAUGCAUUUAGCAGCUUGUAUAUAAAAUCAGUGACCACUUUAUUUUGUAAAUGUAAAAACAGUUCAAUUUUUACUUAUAAAAAUCUAGUAAGUAUGUGCUAUACUGCUAAUAAAAUUUUUAUUUUGACA